AUGGUAACGCCUCAACCCCCCUCCUCCCCCAUCCUCUGCGAAAUCACCCGCGCAAAACCUCCCUCUCUAACUCUCACGCCAACAAACCAACAGGCCCAAACCCUCGAGCAGCGCCGGCGCAACGCCAAGUUCGCCAAGGACCAGGAGGCCAAGAUGGGCAAGUCGGAGGACCAGCUCAAGAAGCGCACAAAGGAGACGCCCAAGUCGCCCAUCUCCCUGUUCUGGCUCGCCGUUCUUGCGUUUGUCGUCUUUGGCGGGCUCGUCUUUGAGCUCCUGUCGCGCUUCUUCGGCGUCUAA